GUCAUCGGCAUUCACUGACUACGUCACUAAUUGGGAAAAGUAAAAUUUCUUAUCUGUAUAUUUCGAUAAAAAAAAACAAGUAACACAAAAAAGAUACACGCUGAAAGUGUGAAAAAAUCGGCCAAGAAAAAAUAUAUAAAAUUCUGCAAUCAUUAAGCACCGUAUACAGUCUGAAUCGAUCCGCGGAUCAAAUAACACUUAAACCGUGUGAACUACAUCAGAUCACAUAACGUCACAUCAAUAUUCAAUAUUAUCUGUCUGGUGUAUUUUUAAUUAUUAGAUGCAACUCAAAAGAUACAGAAAAAAAAGUGAAUUCAACAUAUUUUUCUAUAUUUUGUCUAAGUGAAUUCCUCGAUUCGGAAUUAGUGAAAAAUUCAAACAGAGUUGCACAAUUUAUAAAAGUGAAAAAGUGAGAAUAGAAAAAUUCUUGGUUAGCCCAAAAGAAGCUGUAAUAAAAAUCCUCAUCAAAAUGUCUCAAAGAUUUGAAAUAAGUGAAAAAUGUGGUUGCAAUAACACAGCAACCAAACCAAUUAGCAAAACGGCAUCCACAACAAAAAUUACCAAAUUCCAAAGACCCACUCCGUUUAACGUGCGGUCCAAAAUUAACCUAAUAGCUAUAGUAUUAAUAAUGACACAAUUAUUAUUGUCAAUUGGUCAAGUCGAUGCUAUGAGCAUGCGACCUAGACAAUUAAGAAAACGACAUAGUAAUAUGAAUGCAAAUUUAGACUGGGAAAAUCCAUGCGGUGGUGUACAUAUGGGAACACAUUCGGGCGAGCUUAAACAACGACAAGCUUCACUUGAAUUGGUGAAAACGCUUACUACAGAUAUUUACAACACAAUAAAAGCAAAUAACAAGCAAUUGAUUCAAACUGAUGAUAUUGGUCAGUGGUCAGCAUACAAUAAAUCCUAUAAAUUCUUGCCAAAGUUACGCAGAAAUUCCAGCGUCGCUCUUAAACGCUGGCACAGAAAUAUGCAAACUUUUGUUGCGUCAUUCUCAUAUCUGCACAACAAGAGCCGAAAAUUCGAUGAGGCUAGACGCAACAACCAAGAAAGUCCCUUCUCAAAGGAACUCAAAGAACUGCUCCUAGAUGCUCGCCAUGUCCUCUGCGAAAUCGAAUCAUCCAUCAACCGUACAACUCCAUACAAUUCCGGCAUGAACCUCACCUCACACAUUUCUCCAGAUGCAAUGAACAAGCGCUUGAAAUUCCGCACCAAGACACUCGACAGUGAGAACCGCUUCCAAGUCGAUACGAUCGACUUGAAGUUCGUUAAAUUCUACUUCACCCAGUUCCUCAAGAAGAUGAUGUACAUCCUGAACCACAACAAAAACCGUCUACACAACAGCAGCAGCAGCAAAAGUGUCAGUGCCAGUGAGUACGGCAGUGUAAGUGGGAUAAGUUCGCCGGAAAACAGCAACGAAAUCAAUGCCUCCAUAUCUGGUCGAAGGCAAAACCGACGUGGCAGGAAACGUAACCAGCCAAAAAAGCUCCGUCAUGCCCUUCAAAAGAGCAAUUCAACCCCCUCAAUUGCCCUGGCGUAAAUCAACCACCAUCAAAAGCACAGACACCAUUUCCAAUGGAGAAACCUAAAUGCAUACCCAAAACAUUUCUCGUUAAAAAACAUUAAACAAAACAAAAACAGUAUUACCUCUAAGUUCAUCCUCAGAGCAUGUCCUUAAAUUAUACCAGUAAGAGAGGUUUAAGCACACUCAAAACAUCCAUUCAUUCUACAUAAAAUGACUGAUGCAUUCCAUUUUUGUACUUAUUUAAUUUAAUUUUAAUUUUUUUCUUACCGCAUCCUCGUAUUUAUUUAAUUUAUAAAAACAAAAACAAACAUAAUCUGCAUCUUGUUCCUAUUAGUAUUAUUAGGCUUAAAGAAUAAUAAGAAAUAAAACUUUGUAAUAUCGGGCUUAAAAACAAAAAUAUUUCUAGACGGGAUUUCUGAUCGAAAAGAAAUCUCCAUCUUUAGAAAAACCGUAUCCAGAUAUACAAAAAAACACAAACAUACAUUAUAAAUAAUUAUUAUUGUUGAAUUAAUUAAUAUUUAUAUUUAUUAAUCUCAGAACAAAAACAAAAAACAAAAGACAUGUUUUAAAAUUAUAAAAAAGAACAAAAAAAUCUUAAUAACAUUAUGUACGUACUUAAAAUAUUUAAAUUAGUUAUUAAUAUAUUUCUGUGAUGUAAUUUAAGAAUUAAAAAACAAAAAAUUACAAUGUGUAUGUGUGUAAUUAUAAUGAAAUAUAAAUUUGUAUAUAAAAUCAUAAUCUCUCUUCAUUUUAUUGUAAAUUAAAAUUUAAACAAACAAAAAAAAAAAAACAAAAAACUCCGAUCCCAUAUUUCAAAAGUAUUUAAAAACACAUCUUAAAAAAACAAAAACCAAUUGUAUUGUACAAUAAAACCGAUAUAUUAUACAUACAUAAUAACAAUUUACGAAUAAAUCAAAAUAACAUUAUUGUAAAUUAAAAUUAUAAGAUUUAAAUUAUUUGCUUAGUUUGUAAGAAGAAGAACAACAACAACUCUACCAAGUGUGUAUAUUAUAUACAUUCCAAGAUAAAACAAAAUGUUUU